CAUUUUGAGUCUCGUGUUGUGUUGUGUUGUGUUGCGCACUUGCGUUUGGGUUUAUAGUUGUAAAGGCCCUAAUUCUUGUAGUCUGUCUGCGAUUGUUGGUUUUGGUUUGGAGAUGGCGUCGUUUGAGCAAGCACCAGCAGGCGAUGCAAAAACAGGGGAGAAGAUCUUCCGAACAAAGUGCGCUCAGUGUCAUACCGUCGACAAAGGCGCUGGCCAUAAGCAAGGACCCAAUUUAAAUGGCCUUUUCGGAAGGCAGUCUGGUACAACUGCUGGAUACUCGUACUCUGCUGCUAACAAGAAUAGGGCUGUGAACUGGGGAGAGGAUACACUAUAUGACUACUUGCUGAACCCUAAGAAGUACAUUCCUGGAACUAAGAUGGUUUUCCCUGGAUUGAAGAAGCCGCAGGACCGUGCCGAUCUCAUAGCUUACCUGAAGGAAUCGACUGCUUGAUGAUUUUUCCAUUUUGUGGAUGAUAGCAUCUUUUUUAUACUUCGUUACAAUUGGAAGAGUUAGAUGGCUUGUGCCAGUUUAGAAAUCUUUUUGAAAUAAAUAGCUACUGCCAUUAAAAUAAGACCCUUUUUCACUAUGCUAUUUCUAUGGGAGAGUUGGGUCAGUAGCAGAGAAUCAUUUUUUGCAUUUCAUGAGUCUCAUUUUUUGUAUCCCAUCUGUAGUUAAUUUUCCGGGAAGGAAAGCGUCAGGAUGAACUGUUAUUGAUACGGCUUCUAUUUCUGUGAUGAUGGUUCUCUGAAACAAAAAGAAGUCUCUGUGAUGGUGGUAUACUGGGUUUGGUUAUGAUUUCUUAAA